AUGUCAAAUCAAACUACAGAAUCAAAGAAUGACUUGGGGCGCUACAACAAGCCGGUGCCGAGGUCCAACCUUGAGGAUAUUGAUGAUUCUGAGACUUUUGCUGAACAUGUCAUACCCCCACCCACUGGCAGAGGAUAUGCACCUGCAGGCGAUUCUCUGUCAGUGCAGAACAUUGACAUGUGUCAGCAGAUUAAUGAACCAAACCACUAUACGGCCUCCUAUGACAUCCAAAACCUGGUGGUCCGUCGUGGUCAGGAGUUUGUGAUCAGAGUCACCUUCAACCGCCCACUGGCGCAAGACGACGACUUCCAGGUCGAGUUCCUGAUUGGUUCCAACCCGUCACCCAAUAAGGGGUCCCUGGUGGUAGUGACCUUUGGUGCCCGUCAUGGUGGACCGUGGUCAGGUCAGAUUCUGGAGCAGCAGGGAGAGUCUGUGAUGCUGGGCAUCACGCCAACACCCAGUGCUAUUGUGGGGAAGUACCGUACAUACGUGGCCAUCGAGGUUGGUGGCAACAUGCAGAGAACCAGCAGGGAUACCAGCACCGACCUUUAUGUGCUGUUCAACGCCUGGUGUCCAGAGGACGCCGUGUUUCUUCCUAAUGAAGCAGAGCGGCAAGAAUACGUCCUGAACGACUAUGGUAUGAUCUACCAGGGUACAGUCGGAUCUGUGUCACACCGUGACUGGGUGUAUGGACAGUUUGAGCGUGGUAUUCUAGACGCCUGUAUUUACAUCCUGGAUGCGUCACGGAUACCGAUCUACGACCGUGGCAACGUCAUCAAAAUGGUCAGGAUGGGAUCUGCCAUGAUUAACUCUCAGGAUGAUAGGGGCGUGUUAGUUGGGAACUGGAGUGACGAUUACUCGAUGGGCAGGUCCCCGACAUCUUGGACGGGCAGUGUCAAGAUCCUGCUGCAGUACGCCAACACUGGAGUCCCUGUCUGCUUCGCCCAGUGCUGGGUGUUUGCUGGAGUCUUUAACACCUUCCUACGUGCCAUUGGUAUCCCUUCAAGGGUCAUCACCAACUUCAGUUCAGCUCAUGACAACACAGGCAACCUGAAGACCGACCUCAUCUGCAAGCCUGAUGGCUCACCAGACGAGCGCCACACCAGGGACUCCAUCUGGAACUACCACUGCUGGAAUGAGGUGUUCAUUUCACGCAAUGACCUGCCACCUGGACUCGGAGGAUGGCAGGUGGUGGACGCCACGCCCCAGGAGACCAGUGAUGGACAUUAUCGCUGUGGUCCAGCUUCAGUCGCUGCCAUCAAGGAAGGGCUGCUUUGUCACCCGUAUGAUGCUGGAUUUGUCUUUGCUGAAGUGAACAGUGACGUGGUCUUCCACAAGCGGGAUCGCUAUGGGGUUUUGACUCCGUACAGGGUGGAAAAGACUCAUAUUGGACAGGCUAUUUACACCAAGUCUGUGGGCAACAACUCAUAUAAUGACAUCACACACACUUACAAGUACCCUGAAGGAAGUGCUGAUGACAACAGGACUAUGACUCGGGCGGAGGAGUACGGCUGUAUGAGAGAUCACUCUGAGCUGCCUGAGUCCCAGCUGUCUAUCAUCAUGAAUGCCCCACAGGUCCUCCUGGGUCAAGAUGUGAACCUGCAGGUGGAUUUCCACAACCAGAGUGAAUACCCCAUGACAGUCCAAACUCACCUGGCCGCUUCCAUCAUCUUCUACACCGGAGUCAGAGCCAGUCACCUGAAAGACCUGACCUUCAACAUCACCGUGCCACCCCAUGAGAUAAAGAGUGAAAUGCUGAAGUUCCCGGCUCAGGAGUACUUGCCUCACCUGGGCUCUCAGCAGUGUUUGCACUUUACUGUGACUGGAACAGCUGAUGACCAAUCAGUGACUGCCAUCAAGGUGGUCGAGCUGCAGACUCCGAUGCUCACCCUGACGGUGAGUGGCCAGCCUCAGGUGCAGAAGGAGAUGUUUGUGACGGUCUCCUUCACCAACCCCUUCAACUUCCCCCUGCAGGAGGUCAACCUGUCCAUGGAGGGACCAGGACUCAUGAGCGACAGGACACAUUACUACAGUGUCAUUGAUGCUCAGGCUUCGAUCACCUGGACAGAGUCCUUCACCCCUCGGCUGGAGGGACAACGCUGCCUUGUGGCGGUGCUGGACUGCAAGAACCUCCGUCAGGUGAGGGGAUCUACUCAUAUCCUCAUCAUGCCCUGAAAUGAUUGGCUCACAGAGCUAGGUGACGCUGCCCCAUCUCCAUUUUCACCGCGCAUCCACCAAUCACAGAAGCUUUAAACUGAGCGGGCGGAGCCAACAAACCGUGCAAAUGACAUCUUUGAUGAUGAUUUGAUUUCUUCCUUAAUUUUAUUUACAUAUAUCUUUGCUUAACAGACUCAGGGGGUUUUG